GUAGGUACCCUUAGUUGGAAUCCGACCACUGUACUGGAUGGUUUGGCGCGUCGAGGGUUCUUGAUGAUUUUCCUUCUCCUUUCUUGAUAGUUCUGUAACAACACAAACGCGUUUUCCUUGUAAACAGACAACAAAGUAUGGCGACCGGAAAUCUCUUUGAUAUAUUAUCCUCGACGUCAAACAUUUAAAUUCACUGAUAUCGACGUGCUCUUUACCCUACAAACAUUCAAACAUUGUAACCGUUACAAGAAUUUCCCGCGCUACGUUAUAUAUUUUAUGUACGCGUUCAAGCACGCAGGAGAGAUUGAAAUUCUCUGCACUCUCGUUGCGCAUGGGAUUCUCUCCUCGUGUAUUUGUUUUUCGCGGUCAUUAUUUUCCUAUCCUACUAAAUUUAUUGUGCUACUGUCUACUGGCAACACUGGAAGAUACCGGGAAGCUUGGAAAACAAGAGAAAUACAAUUCGACGUUCGGCAAAUCGUCAAAGAAGCUCGACUAAAGAGUAACAAUAGGAUACAUGAGGCAGAUCGUAAUGAAUUAUGGGAAGUGUUUGUGAAGAGUUUUACUCGGUGCUAUAAUGAUUGUGCUCGGAUAAGUCAUUGCUGGAAGGUCUAGCUGUAUCACGCGCGAAGAGUCCUCGAGGAUUGCGUCGUUGCUCGGCCAGGUCCUUCAAGGAUGGAAUUAAUACCGGGUGGAGUUCUUCUACCAGCUAAAGUCGUGGAUAUAUCCUCGUACCAUUCAACAUUUUAUUCUCCACCACCGACUGAAGCCUCACGAUCCGGAUAUGACUCGAGCAGCGGUGACGAUUCCGAGAGCGAGAACUCCUCUUUGGCGCAGAUAAGUAAUCAGAGUCAAAAUCUCGGAAGUAACUCGGGACAGGGACAGGGGAAACAUAUAAACAAAGGUCGCUGGACGAAGGAAGAGGAUGCUCUGUUGAAGCAACUGGUGAGCAGCGCUGAUCAGCUUGGAUCUGGAUUAAGGUGGGACGCCGUAGCAGCCCACUUUCCAGACAGGAGCGAUGUGCAGUGCCAACAAAGAUGGGCCAAAGUUGUGAAUCCCGAGUUGGUCAAGGGUCCUUGGACUAAGGAGGAAGACGAGAAGGUUGUGGAACUCGUGGAAAAAUACGGACCCAAAAAGUGGACACUUAUAGCCAGACAUUUAAAGGGUCGAAUCGGUAAACAGUGCCGUGAAAGAUGGCACAAUCAUCUGAAUCCUGGUAUAAAGAAAAGCGCCUGGACCGAAGCGGAGGACAGGAUCAUCGUCGAGGCGCAUCGUCGGGUAGGGAACCAAUGGGCAAAAAUUGCCAAGCUUCUCCCGGGUAGAACCGACAAUGCCAUUAAGAAUCAUUGGAACAGUACUAUGAGGCGGAAAUACGAAGCUGAGGAAGGUAGAACGACCGGAAGUACAAGAGGCAGAGGUAGAAGAAAAGCCAUGGAAACGGUAUCCGCUUCGAAAAAGGAACAGCCUGUACAAAAUGAUGAAAAUUCCGGUCAAGGUAUACCGUGCGUCACUGGUAACAGCAGUUCUACCUUGACGGCUGUAAGCGCCACUCAGGAACUUGAUAUCGAGCAAUUGGAUUGGACUAAGGCGUGGGGUCAAUCGCAAGAGGAACAGAUACAGCGACAACAAACUCGACAACAGCAACAUGGGGGUACCCAAUUUCAGAAUUUGAUCGAGAUUGCUGAACGUAUUGUCAGUACGGACACUCAGUUAGAAUCACCACUCAGGAGUGGAUUGGUUGAUGACAAGAAUGUGGACGUAUCGCCCUUCUCCAAUGACAUUUUUAGGUACUUUGAUUUGGAAAUUCCACAUGAGGUAGCCACAUCCAGGAAUUCGGACAUUCGAUUACUACCAAUGCCGGAUUUGGAGGAAAUGGCAGCCAACCGGAAGAAAAAAGUUAGUCCUCCGUUGAUACUACGUAGACGUAGAUCGAUCCAUCAUCAUCAUCACCAUCAUCAUCAUCAACAGCAUCAAGAACAGCAGGUGAAGGAGGAGGAGGAGGAGGAGGAGGGGGAACACGAGGACGUGGAACAGACGACGGAUCCUGUCGAAAACAAUGAAAAUCAAUCUGAUUAUCUCAUGGUGCAUCAAUCCGUCGGAACCACAGCGCCAUCUACUCCAAUAAAGCAGCUUCCAUUUAGUCCCUCGCAGUUUCUCAAUAGUCUCAGUCCAGAGACAUCCUGGCCCAGGGCGAGUACUCCCAAGGGAAGUCCAGGACCACUUACAACGCCCCAACCGACGGGUUUGCGAAGGAAUCAAACAGAUGGCAAUACACCGAGGACGCCGACACCUUUCAAAAAUGCUCUGGCGGAGCUAGAGCGGCGUAGCGGUGCAGCGACGCAACUACCAGCUACACCAAGUCGUCUGGAUGCUUUGACUGAGAUAAUCAAGCAGGAGACUGAUAGGGAAAGUCUUGCGAGUAGCAGUAUCCUCCAGGAUUCCGGAUAUGGAACAGGAAGAAGACGCGGAAAAGAAAAUGGCAUAUCCGGAGGUAAAAGGGCACGGAAGGCUCUUUGUCAGUCCUGGGCCAAUUCUCAGGACGCUUCGGAUAUUAAUUUUGCCGUUGAGACACCGAGUAAGAGUCUGGACACCUCAGUGCUGUUCUCGCCGGCAUCGAUGGCCCUGGAGGACAGUUUCCUGACGGCAGGGACGAGUCCUGUGAAGAUUUCCCACGACUUUGCAUCCGUACAUCGGCGAACAAACGCGAAGAGGGCAAUCUUAUUCGAAACUCUCGACAACUUCUGUAACUUUGGCACCUCGCCACUUAGGCGUCCGAAACGUACCAAGCAUCUCCUCGAAGAAGAGUGGUUGACCGUAGCUUGUGGCAGGACUCCGGAUCAAAUAGAGAUGACCAGGGCUGCCCGACAUUAUCUCAGCAUCAAUGGAGUUCUCACAGACCGAACGCGUACCCUUAACUUCUGAGAGGAAGAUAUCAAAAGUUUCUACUGCAAAGAUGUUCAAUCCUGACAGUGUGUUCUGGAUAUAAGGUUACUAAUUGGUAAUACGUUGUCCAUAUGAAAUUGUGUCCUACUUUGAUAAUGUAGUGCGCACUGUUGUGUUGAGUGGAGAGAAACAAGUCAACUAGUCAGAGACUCGAAUUGAAAACGGGUUAAGAGAAGAACAAGUGGCGUUAGGGUUGGGGUUUACGUCUAUCGUUUUCUACUAUUAUUAUAUGCAUUCUUAGUACACCCAGCGAGAGGGAACUCAAUAACGAAUGCUACUGUAUCGAAGGAAUUUUGGAAAACGAGAGCCAAAAAUAGUAGAGCUAGGUGAUUUUGUAGAGAAAUCGGUGAACGAUCAGUGGAGUAUUACGAGUCUUCGUGUUCCUGGGGAAUAGAAAGAACUUGAAUGUGCCAGUUUCGCGUUCCUGAACCGUCUUGAUGGGACAUUUCCUUCCUCUGAUCUUUCCAUGCCAUGAGACACCGUGCAGCGAUUUUGUGUGUCAUUGCUGAAGGUGUUCAUCUGGAUAGACUAUAGUGGGAUGGCUUCUUCUGAUUAGAGUAUCUGUCACCAAAUGGAGGAUGUCAGCCAUGUCGUGACGCUUUUUGUACGUAUAUGCGUAUGUUUUUCUUUUCUCUCUUUUGUAUCGACACACUAAUAAAGAAGAGGAAACGACGAACGAAAGAAAGUGAAGAAACUAUAGCCGGUUUAUUUGAUAGAAUAUUAUAUUAUAAUAUAAAACAUUAUUGCGGCCGUUAUGUACAAAGAGCCUUUUUUUGUAAUUUGUAUUUAGUUUACAAGUGAACAAUAAAGUGAUAAAGAUCACACGUAAUAAA